AUGAAAGCAUUUGAUUUUUAGCAUUGUUCUAGUUAUUUUCCAUAGAUUUUAGGAUUGCCUUUAUUUCCUUUUGCUCUUCUUGCACUGGCUCACUGGGAAUAAAUUUAGAUGCUGAUUCAUUCUUUAUUGGUGGAAUAUUAAAGAGAGACUUCACUCUAAAUUUUUGAUGAGAGUUUGAUGGAGGAGAAAACAUGUCAUAAAUUGAUUUUAAAUCUCCUUGCUGGAUUAUUUUUUUUCUCAGUUCUUAGUGAGAUGUGGUUGCCCUCAUAGGUUGAUCAUAAGGAAAUCUUCUACUAUAUGUGGAGAAUAUAUUUUAAGGAGGAAGAAUCCCUGGAUAUUAAGGCUUAUGAGUAGUACUCUCACUUGCAGGUAAAAUUUCGUUCAAUACAACAGUUUUUUCUAAAGCUUCCCUGCACUCAAGAAAGUAAGGCUUGGCGGAAGAUAUUGAUUUGUUUUAAGACAGAUUUUCAUUCAUUUUUUACUUUUUUAAUAAGAAUUGCUCAUCAAAUUAAACUUUCAGUUUAUCUGGAGACUCCAAAUCUACUUGAAUUUAAUGCUUUUUCUCUAAUCCCCUUUCAGUUACAACAAGUUUCUGCUACAUUUUGA